AUGGAGGAGUAUUCACAGGAGGACUGGGGAAACCACAGUCAGGAUCUCCAUGGCUACCCAACAGAUCAGGAAUUGGAUGAAAUACCUGUCACAAAGAGAACAUUAAAAAUAAAACAAGAGUCUUCUGAUGAAGCACAGAAGAGAGACAACAUGCAGAACAUCGUCCAGAUUUUGGAAUCGGUGCAGUUGAAAUGGGAACUGUUUCAGAGCUGGACGGACUUUUCAAGGCUUCAUCUUUCUAACAAACUGGCCAUCUUCGGCAUCGGUUACAACACCCGCUGGAAAGAGGAGAUCCGCUACCAUCAUGCCGAGAUCAGCUCCCAGGUGCCCCUGGGCAAGCGCCUGCGGGAAUACUUCAACUCCGAGAAGCCCGAGGGGCGGGUCAUCAUGACCCGCGUGCAGAAGAUGAACUGGAAGAACGUUUACUACAAAUUCCUAGAGAUCACCAUUAGCGAGGCCCGGUGCCUGGAGCUGCACAUGGAAAUUGACUGGAUCCCCAUCGCCCACUCCAAACCAACCGGUGGCAACGUCGUGCAGUAUUUAUUGCCGGGAGGCAUUCCCAAGAGCCCGGGCCUGUACGCCAUCGGCUAUGAGGAAUGUCUGAAGAGGCCCUCCCCCCCCCACGGGCAGCAGAGCUCCCUGGACCCGGGAAAGGAGGGCAGGGGUGACCUGGAAGCCCUUUCGGCGCCCGCCUCGUUACAGGCAGUGGUAGAACCCGCGCGGAUCACCUACUGCUACCUCGGGAUCGCCGAGGUCAGGACCCUGCAGCAGUGCUUGUUUUUACACUUCCAAGCCAACGCCAAGACCUUCAGCAAGGACUGGGUUGGCAUCAAUGGGUUUUUGUCUCAGAACUGCAUUGUGGAUCCCGGAGUCUCCCCCAAAUCCAUCUACAUCAAGUUUGUGGAAGUAGAGAGGGAUUUCCUCUCGGCGGGCUCUUUGGUCGAGUGCCUGGAAAAGGCCAUCGGGUACCGCUUAAAAUUCAACAACUGA